AUGGCCAGAAAAAUUAAUGGUAGUCAAUCAGUUCAGAAGACUUCACAUGUUCCUACACAAGAUGAACUGGAAGAAAUAUUUAAAACAUGUUUAACACCUGAAAUUAGAAAAUUAUUUUUUAAUCAACCAAUUUCUAAAUUAAUACCUUCGUUGCAAAAAUUAUUAAUUGAUAGUAGUAGUUAUUACAAUAAAGGUGAAUUUGAAAACUCACAGUUAAUUGCCUCUAGAACUGUUGUAUUAGCAAAAGAAGUUUUACAAAGAAAUAUGAAUAACAAAGAAUUAUUAGAACCUAUAAAAGAUUUAAUUUCUCGUUCUUUAAGAAUAUUAGAAGAUUUAAAACAACUUUCAAUAAAAUAUCAUACUAGUAAUAGUGAUUUAGAUGAUCCCUGUGAACAAUCAAAUGAUUAUAGUAAUAAUUUUACAAUAAAAAAUGCAAUAAAACCAAUUGACUUACUUGAUUUGGUAAAAAAUAAUAAAAAAAUUCUUUUGGUAGAUUAUCGUGGAGAUAGCAAUAGUUAUUUAUCAAUUCCUCAAUAUUCUAAUUUAGAAACAGUUCAACUAUGUCCGAUGGUAUUGGCAAAAUAUUUAUCUUACAAUGAAUUAUGUAAUAAAUUUCCUGUUGAUUAUCAAGAAAAACUUAAAAAAUCAUUUUAUGAUUUUAUUAUAUUGAUGGGUGAUAAAACUGAAGAUGAUAACGAAAAAGAUAUAAGAGAAGAAAUUUUAAUUAAAGGUUUUACUGAAAUUAAGAAUAUUUCACGUAAUCAAUGUUUUCUUCCAGUCUUACCUCUUCAAGGUGGUUUUAGAGAUUUUGUGUUACAUUAUCCCAAUUAUGUUAAGAAGACAGAUAAUUUAUAUUCUAGUUUUAGUUACCAUCAAAAAUUCUUGGAAUUUUUAGACAAUCAUCGAACUGAGAGUAUUAAAAAUAUCCAAGAAUAUCCCAGGCUGGGGAAAAGUGUACCACAAAAUAAAUCAGAUAUGAAAAUAAAGAAAGAAUCUUUAGAUGAGACAAAAGAAAAUAAUUCAUCAUUAAUUAAAAAGUUAAUUGAAGCAGACAUGAUUGUACCUCAAGCACCUAUGCCUGUUAAUUAUCAUUCACCUAUAUCAAAACCUAUACCUCAACCAAGAGGGCAAAUUAAAACACCUGAUAUAAAAUAUGAACCUGAAUUAACACCACAAACGAUAUAUAACAUUUGUGAUUCAUUAGAUCAAUUAAAUACGACUGUUGAAAAGCCAAUAAUUCCUGAUAAAAGUACAAAACCUCAAAUAAUGGGACCAAAAAUUCCUAAUCGAGAUUUAAAAGAAAACAUUGUAAAGAAAAGAAAAUUUUUUGAUGAUCGUAUUAUUGAGAUAUAUUCUUAUAGUUUGAAAGAUUUACAAAGAAGAUCAACUGAAGGAGGUGUUUCGCUAGGAAUGACUGGACUUGUAAAUUUAGGCAAUACGUGUUUCAUGAAUUCUGUUCUUCAAGCUCUUUUUCAUCUACCUGAAAUGAGAAAUUUAUUUACAAUUGAUAAUGUUAUUAAAUAUAUAAAUGAAAACAAUAAAUUUGGUACUCAAGGAAGUAUAACAGCAGUAUUUACAUCUCUAAUGGACUUAUUUUGGACAGGAAAAUAUCGAAAAAUACAUCCAGAAUGUUUUUUAGUUACUUUUGCAAAUCAAGUUAAUAGGCGUCUUGCUGAUCGUUGCCAACAAGAUGCCCAAGAAUUUCAAAUUUACCUUCUUGAUGCUCUCCAUGAGGAUAUCAAUUAUAUAUCAAUUAGAAAAAGUUUCAGACAAAAUUAUAAUGGUACUAAUUUAUUUGAAGAUUUUAAUGAUUACAAAAAAAAAGUAGAACAAUUUUCACAUUCUAAAGUGAACUCGCUUUUUAAUCUAAGGACCGUCUCAACUGUUGUUUGUUCUGAAUGCAUGUAUCAAAGUGUAACUUUUGAAGAUUCUGUACAAAUUUCUGUAGAAUUACCUAUACAACCACAGUCAACUAAACUUUCUGAAUGUUUAAGUAAUCAUUUUUCAGUUGAAACAUUAAAUGAUGGUUGGAAAUGCCCAAAAUGUGAUACUAUUAGAAAGUCAACUAAAACUCAAAGAAUAUGGGAGCUUCCAGAGAUUCUUGUUAUACAUAAAAAACGUUUUGCUUACGUUAGCGGAUGUUGUGACAAAAAUAAUGUUUUUGUUGAUUUUGAUAUUAAUAAUUUUAACGUUAGUAGUUUUGUUCAUGAAGAAAAUGUCAAAAAUGUCAGAUAUUUGUAUGAUCUUUAUGCUGUUGUUAAUCAUAUGGGAACAUUAAAUAGUGGCCAUUAUACCUCUUUUGUAAGAUCAAAUGAUCAAUGGUUUGAAUGUGAUGAUGAGACAGUUAGACAUUUGAAUGAUUAUAAUCAAGAUAUCAAAACAAAAACUGCUUUUAUGUUAUAUUAUAGAUUAAAAAAAUAA